AUGCUGUCUGAGAUGGACGGCAUCCGCGUUGCCCUUGUCGGCUGUGGCCAUGGUGGCCUCGAUGAAAUCUACCAGAGCCUCAAGACGCAAGCGGAGGCCAAAGGCUGGGAGACCAUCGAUCUGGUGGUGAUUGGCGGAGAUUUCCAAGCUCUGCGUAAUGCAAAUGAUGCCGCCUGCAUCUCGGUGCCGUCCAAGUGGAAGAAGAUGGGUGACUUCCACAAGUACUACGCGGGCCAGAGCAUCGCCCCGUACUUGACCAUCUUCUGUGGUGGCAAUCAUGAAGCUAGCAACUUCAUGUACGAACUUUAUUACGGUGGCUGGGUGGCCCACAACAUUUACUACCUAGGUGCUGCCAACCUCGUCCGCUUCGGCCCUCUGCGCAUCUCUGCCAUGUCUGGCAUUUGGAAGGGCUAUGACUACCGCAAGCCUCACUACGAACGUCUGCCCUACAACGCAGAUGACCUGCACAGCAUCUACCAUAUUCGCGAGCUGGAUGUGCGCAAGCUGCUGCAGAUCCGUACUCAGGUGGACAUUGGUCUGUCCCACGACUGGCCCCGCGGCAUUGAGUACUUCGGUGACUACAAAGAACUGUUCAGGAAAAAGCGCGGGUUCAAGGAGGACUCAGAGCAUGGCCGCCUGGGCAAUGUGGCUGCUAGGGAUGUCUUGGACCGUCUGCGCCCUCCAUAUUGGUUCUCCGCCCACUUGCACGUCAAAUUUCCUGCGGCUAUGCCUCACGAUGGGGCCAGCCUCCGGAAGAUCGAAUUUCCAGCUGACCAGCCCCCUGUCUGGGGAGUCGAGGCUCAGGCACCCGUAGCCUCGUCCAGUGUUGUUUCUCCCGUCAGUGCUCCCUUGAAAACCAAGGCUCGUUCACCCGCUCCUGCUAACAUUCGCUCUCCCUUCAAGGCCGAGCCUCAGCCUGAGAGUGUCGGCUCCACCACGGACUCUAUUUUCGAUAGUCACGGUGGCCCGUCGAUGGCUAGUAACCAGGUUCGCGAAGCCUCUGGUCUAGAUCAUGAACGUCGAAACGCUUGGAUGCAGAUGGCCGGUGGUGCCGCGCAGGCAUUCGAACAUCAGACCCGCGUUGAUCACCAGCAGGCCUUCCUGGCCAUGAUCCAGGAGAUGAAGAAGGGCAACUCCGAGACCAAGGCAGAGGCGCCCGCCCCGAAUGAUGCCCCCAAGAAUGAUGACGAGAUUGACUUGGAUUCUGGGAGUGAGUCCGAUAAAUCUGGCUCUGGCAACCCUUCGCCCGUCAAAGCUGCGAAGCUCAUCAUUCCCAUUUCCACGGAUGGCUCGGACGAUGCUGGGCCCACGCCGGAGGAGCCUCUGGUCGAUCGAGCCGUCGCUGAGGGCAUGCGCAGCAAGCUGCCCUCCAGCUUCUCACGGCCCGCGGCUCCUGCCAACGUGCACGAAAACAGCAGCAACAACAACAGCCGGCCCAGGAAGCCUGUCCCUGCCGCUAUUUCCAACAAGCUGACCCGGUUUCUGGCCUUGGACAAACCUCACAAUCGCGACGACUUCCUUCACCUGACGAACAUCAGGCCGUUCAAGACUGGGGUUGGCGAAGAAUCUCCAACGUCCAAGAGCCUCUUGCGCCUGCAGUACGACAAAGAGUGGCUGGCAAUCACCCGAGUUUUCGCUAACGACCUGGCCCUGGGUGACGUCGCUGCCGAUGUCCCAGCCGACCAGGGCGAGGAUUUCUACCUGUCCCGCAUCAUGGAGGAGGAGAAAUGGGUCGAGGAGCACCUCGUGCAGCAAGACCUGAUGAACAUUCCCUAUAACUUCCAGCACAGCGCACCCAAGUUCGACCCUGAGGUCUCGAUAACCACCCCCAGCAGCCUCAGGAGUACACCAACAGUCAGACCGCCGAAUUCUGUCAGCUUCUGA